GGCCGCCGGGUCAUUCCGACAGCGCGCUCCGUUUGGUGAAUUUGGUAGCGCUCUGGCCGUCCAAGCAAAGAAGUGCGUGUUUCGUCCCCCUCGUAGUGAGUGCCCCAAGGCCGUGGUUGUGCCCCAAGAUCCAAGUCAGACUCAGACGACGGCGACGCGGCAGAAAGCGCGCCAAAAUCCGACGAGAGCUCUUCAGUUUGUGUUGCCUGCGUCCUGUGGAUAUCGAAGGAGCAGCCUCAGCAGCCCGCCAUGGUCAUCAUGAAGGAAUCCAGGCUCCUGUACCCGCCCACCGCCGAGCAGGCCCGCCUGGUGCGGAGGGAGCUCAACAACACCUACGCCUCGAAGCAAGCCGAGUACGUGGACCAGCUCAAGGAGUGGAUGCAGACGCAGCCCCACCUGCCGCGGAACUACGAUGAUCGCGUCCUACCGCGCUUCGUCUGCGGCACCAAGUACAACCUGCACCGCGCCCAGAAGAAGAUCGACAACUACUUCACCGCCAGGGCGAAGGUCCCCGAGUUCUUCGCCCAGCGCGACCCCACCUCGCCGGACAUCCAGCAGGCCUGGAGGGCGAUGACGGUGCUGCCACUGCCCCGCACGCGCGGCGACGGCGCCCGCGUCUGCCUGCACAUCCUGAACGACGUGGACGCGUGCGAGCACGUGCCGCAGCACCUGUACCGCAUGAUCUUCAUGGUCUCGGACAUCCGGAUGGUGGAGGAGCCCGAGAUCUCCGGCGACGUGUUCGUGUUCGACGCCGCCAACGCGGGCGUGUCCAUGGUGCUCAAGCACGCCGGCAGCCUGCUCAAGAAGGCCCUCACCCUGGCACAGACCGCCUACCCCCAGAGGCUCAAGGAGAUCCACAUCAUCAACGCCCACCCGUUCGUCAACCGCGGCAUCAACUUGUUCCGCUCUUUCAUGAAGGAGAAGAUGAGGAACCGGUUCGUGGUGCACUCCAGCUUGGAGUCACUGCACCAGUACGUGCCGGCCGACGUGCUGCCCGCCGAGUACGGCGGCUCCUGCCGUACGGUGGCGGCACUGCGCGACCAGUGGGGCAAGGCGCUGGAGAGCUACGCACUCUACUUCCAGCAGCAGGAGGGCGUCAAGGCGAGCCACAGCAACAACAAGAGCAGCAGCAAGAGCAGCAGCAAGAGCGUCCAAACGGCCUUCAGAAACCUCAGCAUCGACUGAACGAACUGAACGUCCCUGAGCGCCACCACAAGGCCGCCAAAACUUGGGCGGAAAAAAAUGCGCGCUCCGAAAUGGUGUAUUUAUUGUGUUUUUGUUUUCGUUUUCGUCGUUUGGGCAACGGUGGACAGAGUGUUGAGCGCGACAUCGCCCGAACGAGAAAUACGAUGAAAAGACUUGAAAGCAAACGAAAACAAACUCUCGCGUGAUUGACUGACUGCGAUGAAUUCUGUGAUUAAUCUUUGAGGUCGAGUUCCUGGAAUUUUUUCAUUGUUGUUGUACUGGCAUCGCAUCGCCCGCUGUGGCUUCAUUAUUUAUAUCAUUUUAAUAUAUAUUCCUAGUUUGAUAGUCUUUAGCUCUUAAGUAAAGGUGGGGCAGUAUACUUUAGUCACGGCUGUGUCCACCGUUUAUUGUAUUUUUUCCUCCAUUGUACAAGACUUGUUGACGGGCAAAACUGUGAUUUUGGCACCCUUCGCAAUGAGCCCUGGCAUUACUAAUGAUGUCCUAUGAUGACCAAUUAUUAACUGUCGUGAAUCAAGACUAUUUGCAUGUUGUUGUUUUUUCUCUUCAAUGGAAGUACGAUGAGUUUGUUGCGUCUGGAGCUCAAUGUAUAUAAAUGCUUAAGUGAAUAAUAAACUCUACACUUCACCGAU